CCUGCCUCGACAAAACUCCUUUCUAUUUCUCCGUCGGUCUCCGUCGCUCCUGGAGAUUUCCUUGGCAUCUUUUCUGGGAAGCUUCGAUAUAUAGAUUCGAAGCCGUUAAAAACUAUUAAGGGCCCUGUUCCGGGUCUUUGGCUAGACUAUUCGGAAAUACCAGGAAAUCUUAAUCGGAUGAAGGUAGCAAAGCCUGGUGAGAAGACGAACGUCUGUCUUGCGUGGGAGGGAGUGAACGAGGUGAAAGGUGAGAAGUCCUUCUGUCAAUAUUGGAGAGUUUUAGUUAUAGCUACGAGGGACAUCAUGCCAUUUGACGAGCUUAUUCGUCCUCCCUAA